UUUCAAUUCAAUUCUCGAGUAAAACUAUUUUCUUUAUCCCACUCUUCUCUCUGAAACUUCUGGCGACCUGACAAACUCGCAGCAAGCAAGCUGCGCAAUCGGAAUCUCAGUCUCCAGAUCGUUCAUGCAUUCUUGAUUCAGCUGUUGCAAGUGUGUUGCAGCGAGCGAAGAUUUUGGAGAACCAAAGCAACCCAUGGCUUCCGACCCUGAGCAGCCUUCCUUCUCUUCAAUCGGAAGGGUCGGGAAGUCUUCCGGCGAGAUUGAUGGUGCUGGUGUGGAUGAGCCUUUGCUGAAUGCCGGUCAGCACCAUAGCUCCGAGAGUUAUUCUGUGCUGGCUGCAAUUUUCCCGUUUCUGUUUCCUGCUUUGGGAGGACUGUUAUAUGGUUAUGAUAUUGGUUCCACCUCGAGCGCUACGAUAUCUAUUCAGUCAGCUAGCUUUAGUGGAAUUUCAUGGUACAACUUAAGUUCUGUGGAAGUUGGGCUCAUCACAAGUGGCUCAUUGUAUGGCGCACUCAUUGGAUCGAUAUUGGCCUUCAAUAUUGCAGACUUUCUUGGAAGAAGAAAGGAGUUGAUUCUGUCUGCUGUCUUGUAUCUUGUCGGGGCACUCAUAACAGCAGUAGCACCUAAUCUGGCCAUUUUGAUCAUUGGGCGUGUUUUAUUUGGUACUGGAAUAGGAUUGGCAAUGCAUGCUGCUCCUAUGUACAUUGCUGAGACAGCUCCGAGCCAGAUCCGUGGCCUACUAAUAUCUCUGAAAGAGUUUUUUAUUGUCCUCGGGAUGGUGGCUGGCUAUGUCGUUGGUAGUCUUCUGGUCGAGACUGUAGCUGGCUGGCGCUAUAUGUAUGGAGUCAGUACCCCUUUGGCAGUGAUCAUGGGGAUUGGGAUGUGGUGGCUAGCUGAAUCACCUAGAUGGCUCCUGCUGCGUGCAAUACAGGGUAAAGGUGAUGCACGAGAUUUGAAAGAUACAGCAAUAAAUUGUCUGUGCCGCCUUAGGGGUGAAGCUUUUGGAGAUACUGCUCCUGCACAAGUGGAAGAGAUCCUCAAUGAGCUUGCUUUUGUUGGAGAGGAGAAGGAAGUUACAUUUGGGGAAGUAUUCCAAGGAAAAUGCUUGAAGGCCUUGACGAUUGGCUGUGGACUGGUGUUGUUUCAACAGAUCACAGGGCAACCAAGUGUAUUAUAUUAUGCUGCAUCCAUUCUUCAGAGUGCAGGAUUUUCAGCAGCUUCUGAUGCCACCCGUGUCUCAAUUUUGCUUGGUUUAUUGAAGUUAAUUAUGACUGGGGUAGCAGUUCUUGCUGUUGAUAAACUUGGAAGGAGACCGUUGCUACUUGGUGGUGUUUCUGGAAUUGUAAGUGCCUUUCUGUGACGUUCUUAUAUAAGCAUCAUCUUCUCUAUUGCUUUGAGAUGGCGAACUGCACCCGCAGCAAAGAAACGUAAAGUUUAGGGAGCUUUAUUGUUUAACCAAGAACACUCGCAAAUGUCUAUUUUGUAUUUGUAUUUGUAUUUGUAGGUUGUCUCUUUGUUCCUUUUGGGAUCGUAUUACAUUUUCCUCAAUGAUGCACCCCUCAUGGCAGUAGGUGCUUUGCUGGUGUACGUGGGAUGCUAUCAGCUAUCCUUCGGGCCUAUUGGCUGGUUGAUGAUAUCAGAGAUUUUCCCUCUCCGCUUGAGAGGUCGAGGACUAGGAGUGGCUGUGCUGGUGAAUUUCGGAGCAAACGCCUUGGUGACUUUUGCCUUCUCCCCAUUGGAGGCAUGGCUCGGGGCUGGAACUUUGUUCUAUCUAUUCGGAGUGAUAGGUCUCGUGUCGCUCCUCUUCAUAUUCUUCGUCGUGCCGGAGACAAAGGGACUCACCCUCGAGGAGAUUGAGGCCAAAUGCUUGUAAGCUGUUCCAGUUGCAUGUUGUGCUAUCUACUAGGCUGAGUAAGGCAUAGCCGGUUCUUCCUUGUCUCCAAGGUGAGAUGUAAUAUAAAUGUAGUAUUGUUGUUGACUGGAAUCCAAGACACCACACUACUUUACCCUUUCCCCGCUGGUUGUCUUUCAAGGUGGGAAAAGAAGAGAAAAAUGUAAUAGUUAACAGUAAGGCCUCCCUGUUGUAGACACUGGACAUUUCCUUAUAACCCUUCGUUCAUCUAGGAUGCAAUUCCAAAAGCAAUCGAGAAUAUGAAUAAUUGGUAUUA